AUGGUAAAGGGCGUCGCGUCUGAUAGUGGCGAGGCGUCAUCGGCCUCUUCCCUAAGCUCAGAAGAGUUGAUCCGGUGUGUUGCUAAGUACGUCGAGACGUGUGAUGGUAGUCUGGAAUCUGGUGCUUCUUUUGAUGACCGUUGCAAAUUUCGCGUAUCCCUUGAUCAGGUUUGCUGUAUUCAUUCUCGUUCUUUAUCCCUUGAUCAAGCAAUCCCGACACCGAGAGCCGCUCUGAAGCAUGUGAGAAAACACAACACGCUCUUUCGUUGGGCCAGAUCGUACCAUGGUAAUGUACGAGAAUCCGUAGCCAAUGAAAUUGCCAACGUGUGUUGUACCAAGAACCGAGUAAAAAUGACGUUAAAAACCCUGACAUGCGCGUCCGCUACUGAGCGUUACAGCAAUGCCUCCGCGGCCAUUUUCUAUCAGACCUCACUUGCUUCCCGCAUGUUUCGUUCGUUCAAGUUGUUGACGCAACGUAAAAAGGAAUGCAAUCGCUUAAUACCCCGCAUGGCAGAGUUGAUAGAGACAUCCCUCGUCGCUCAGUGCAUAAACCCGUGGCGACACUACACCAAGCAAAAGAAGUAUGCGGAUGCUUGUAGCAAGGAAAUCGCAUGUUUGCGUGACGAGAAUAUCAAAGGGGCAGCGAUCGUCUCUUGGCAGGCUGCUCAUAGGUACCGAUUGGGCUCGGUGCAGAUGGAGGCAUCAUGCCGGAGUUUUGUCUUGCGAUUAGCAUGGGAACGCAUCAAGUCAUUGCAUAGAGACUCAGUACAGAAAGAAGCUCUUGUACAACAUGCCGUCCUGCGUGAUGCGGUGUCGACAGCAUUCGAUUGCUGGCACUCUGCGGCCAAAGAGAAACAAGCCGCCCAAUACCGCUCUUUUGUACUUAAAUACAGAUCCUUCAGUGCCUUGAGGCAAAACACUGAACGCAGCAAUGAGCCACCAAUACCCUCGCCAACAUCGGAUCCCUCCGAGAACGAUAUUCCAGUCCAUAGUACUAUCAAGAAUACAAUAAAGUCCGCUCUGCAACACAAGCGUGAUAUCAUAACGGCUGCAGGGCUUUUGACAAAGGCUAUGCAUAAAGAAUUGAAACGCGCAUCACUGAGGGCGUUAUGCGAAAACUCUAAUCGCGUUGCAAAAGAGACAAUUAAAACGCAGCUCGUCGCCUAUAUUCGCAAAAAACACAUCGCAAAACGUACCCUUGUGAGUUGGAAGAUGUACAGUGAGAUGAGAAAGAAGAAGUCUAGCAUGAAACAUCUCGCGGACCUCAAUUACAGAGGAUAUCUUGUAUCGCACUUUUUCGACUAUCUACGGAGUAUCUAUCUAGAAAACAUCGAGGAAUUCCAUAAAUCGCUAAGUCUAUUCAAAACUCAGCAGAGGAAGCACCAUCACCGUGCAUGGUUUCGGGCCUUUCUAGUCGCAGUGGAGCGUUCUCGGUCUCUGAAAACCGCUAGAAGUCUCAUAGAAGCCUCUCAAAAGGCUCAAACACUACAUUGGGCGUGGAGGAGUCUUGAAGAACGUUGCGACAAUAAUAUGAUGCGGAAGCUUCAGUGCAUUGCUAGAAUUGGAUCUAUCAAACUCGAUGAAUCUCUAGGAGAUCCGCAUAUGUGGUUAAGGACUUUGCGGGAGGUGAAACUUCGUAAAUCACACGACGUGAAAGGUCUUUGUCAUAGUCUCAGGGAACAACAUCUAGGGCCAAACAUUGUGUCAGUUCUCACCCAGCCGCUGCGUAGCGAGUGCGUAGUGUUCCUGCAUUAUCUGUCUGGUCUAAAAACGCGGGCUUUCGAGAUGAUCGAAAGAUUGGAUAUGUCCGCGGAUGAUGCUGUAGUCCGUGUAUGCAGUACGCUCACGCCCACUGAACUGGGUGAAUUGCAUUCCACGUAUGCAUAUCAACUGUAUGUUAUGAGGUUAGAAGGAUUUCCGCAAUUGAAUUCUUUACCCGAGUCGUGUAACACCGAGCACUCGAAGCAGUCGACAAAGGCAUUAUCGCCACACUUUGGAAGCAAUUUGAAGUUAUGUGGCGUACUGGAACCUGAUUAUGGUGUAGUAAAUGGCUUAAGUGAAUCGGUAUGUGGAAAGGUGCCUAUAGAUUUACAACGAGACGCAACCAGUAGCCCGCACAGCAAUUACGGAGGCUCUAUGCGUGACAUACCAGAGUGGUCAGUGGAUUUGCUACAGCAUUUGACAGCAAACAAGCUGUUAGGAAUCUGUGACAUGCGAUCGCAAAGGUGCACCACUUUUGAUGUAUUGAAUUCCAGGCUGCCCGUCUGGCGUUUGUUGCUCACUGUGUUCGCUCAAGCUCGUUGCGCUUCCACCUUCCAGGCGUGGAAAAGGAUUAGUGCAGAGAGGAGCUCUCGCCGCGCUAAACUGUCAGAAGUACGCAAUAGUGUUGAGGGGAUCUUUAAAAUGUCCACCCGUUGUGAAUGCUUCACACGUUGGCUGGAAGUGACACGAAAGUGCCACGAACAGAGGGUAGCUGAGUUAAACGAACGCUGCACCACAUUCACAUCUAUAUUUAGUUGUCUGGUGUAUAAAUCGGUCAGCAUAGUCUUUAUACGACUUCACCUUGCGCGUCUCAUGGCCAUUUACACCGGAGCGGAGCGAAUGCGCCAUAUGAAGUUUCUCUCAAAAGCCGUUGUGUUCUCGUGUCGUGAUGGCGAUGCAUGCGCAGAAAUAUCGGUAUUUCGUUCGUAUACAGUCCUAGGCAGGCUCUUCUGCUAUUGGAAAAUGCUCACGCAGUGGCGUGCCGAGGUAACCUCCCAAACGGACGCAUUUUACCGGGAUCUAUUUAUGAGGAAGGGCUGGAGAACAAUUCAAUCUGUGUUCAUUGAACGUUGCAAUAGUCGCACAGAGUUGGAAUCUUCAUUAAAAGAGGAGAUCACAGUGCGGCGCUUGGGUAAUGCGUUUGAUUUAUGGUGUAAGACUACUCGCUGCAAGAAGGCAUUAAGUUCGUUUUCACCUUCCGAAGAUGUUGUGUUGCAAAGGUGCUUCAAUGGCUGGAAGGCACAUGUGCGUAAUAACAUCAGGCUGGAUAACAUCUCCGAGAUUAUCCGAAAAAGGGUUGAAACAUCGCUCUUAGGUAUCGCAUUGGAAGGCAUGCUAGAGCACUACUUUAGGCGCUGUUCACUUGCCUCCAUGCGUUCACGUGUAAUUGCUGCUUCCUCCAAGCGAGCGUUAUGUGCCGCAUUCACAACUUGGAAGGACGCCACGCAGAGGAGCGCAAGGCUUUCUGCACUGCACUACGAAAUCAAGAGGCGCAGAGAUAACAUAGAACAGGAGUACGUCUUCAGUAUUAUGUACCGAUUCAGCCUUGUGAAACGCAAUGAUUCUAACCGUUUGAAGCGUCAAUACUUCGAAUACGUAGUUAUAUCUGCGGCCACCCGUAAGAUGUCUCGGACGAUAGAACAGCACUGGACGACCACCCAGAAUGCUAUUUGUCGCAGGUUCUUUGAACUACAACGCAUUAUGAAAAAGUCAGAACAGGCUUUAAGUAAGAUCUCUGCGGACAAAAGUCGGCUUUAUGUGGCUCUGAUGGCACUGUCGUCGCUGAAGGAAACACGCAUUGUUGCCGGACUCAAGGCGCUGCAGCAGAAUGUUCACUAUAACAUCGCAAUGAAGACCAUUCAGCAAAUGCGCGAUCGCGCUGUGUCUCAACGUAUAUUCACGUGUUGGAGAAAAUGUGUUUCGUUCAACUUGCGUUCUAUCGCUUCUUCUAAGGUUGGCCAUCGUCAGUUGGUAGAGCCUAAAAUCUUGGGAAAGUAUAGUGAGGGCGGCGCCAUCGAAUUAAAUGCCAGUGGUGGGGAUACAUUGACUGCCGAUGCUAUGGGGAGAUAUUGCCUUGUUUUGGCGUGUUUCAAACACUGGCGAAAUACAACACUUAUGCUGCCUGGCCGCAACGCUGUUGCGAUUGUUGAGGAAUUCACAGCCCACAACCGCAUGGUAGACGGUAUAUACUUGUUGAAACUACACGCGCUCACUUCCCUUUGGUAUCGCACGUGCAAAGCACGACUGGAAGUGUUAGUAGGUUCUAUGGAGGACAGAAUGAAGUGGUCAAUGUUCCACCAGUGGCGGAUGGCUGCCAAGAAAAGGAUGACUGUCAACAGUCAGGAGUUCCCAUUUAUUGGGUGA